AUGACAGCUUCCCGUCUUGGAACGAAUAUGGUUUCCCUAAUUUUAACAUUUUGCAAAUGCUUACUUGUGACUCUGUGCGUGACAGGUGGAUCAUGCGGCACACAUGACGGCCCCCAUGAUGCGAGAGUUCUAACACAAGAGGACAACAGAAAUUUAGAUAGCAUCGCAAACAGACUGAUAGAGAAGAGACCUCUGGACACAUAUGAGAGCGGUUUAGCAGGGAAGCGAAUGAUGGAUCCUCUUGCAAACGGACUUGUCGGGAAACGUUAUAUGGAUUCACUGGCAAGUGGUCUGAUUGGUAAACGGUACAUUGAUGAUUUAGCAAGUGGCUUGAUUGGGAAGAGAUACCUGGGUGGCAUAGCAAACGGCUUAAUUGGAAAACGCUAUAUUGGUGGCAUAGCGAACGGACUAAUUGGAAAACGUUACCUGAGCGGCAUAGCGAACGGACUAAUUGGUAAGCGCUACAUCGGCGGCAUUGCGAACGGUUUGAUUGGGAAACGGUAUGUUGACGAUAUCGCCAGUGAUUUGAUCGGAAAGCGUAACGACAAUGGACAAAUGCAUGAAGAUAAAAGACUUAUCGACUCUCUAGCAAGCGGCAUCAUUGGCAAAAGAUCAAAUGGCAACAACGAUUAUGACAACGAAGCAAAUGAAGUCAACAAGCGCUACAUCGAUGAUCUGGCAAGCGGUCUCAUCGGGAAAAGAGGAUCCUUUCGACGAAGUGAUCUUCAAGCUUUAUUAGCAAAACGGCCAUUCGGACAGCUCGCGAAUGGUCUGAUCGGAAAGAGGAGUGCUGAAAAUUAA